ACCAAGACCGGUAGCACCUCAUACCUCCGCAUAGUCCUACUGUGCAAGAAUUCGCAAACUGCAAGGAAAAUAGCGCCCCGGGGAGACCAGGAUCGGGAUUACGAGUCGUGCAAGAUGAUGCGGGAGGACGAACUGGUCAUCCUGGAGUCCAUCUAUCCAUCGAGCAUCACCCUGGACCCAAAAGAAGAUGGAGUAACGGAAUUGCAGAUCGUCCUCGAGAUCAACCUCGCAGGACCUAUCCGAUUCGACAUUAUCCCCCUUGAUCCGUCCUCUUCAGCUUCUUCCUCGUCUUCUCGCCCGACAUCAAAAGCUAUCACGUCUACUAUAACGACAACGACAUCGACGCUCCCACCGAUAAAGGUCCAUAUGAGGCUACCGGCUGGUUACCCGAUUUAUGAGCCUCCGGAGGUAAUAGGGAUAUCAGAUGGGGAUGAGGGUGAUUCGGAGCGGUCGGAGGUUGAAGCGAUAGACUCGUUGUCGACCUCGACAUCCAUGACGAAACCCCCAACGAUAACUACAACGCUGCCAUAUACCGCCAGCAGUCACAAUGCGACAAAUUCCGACAAACAUACAGGUUCACUUACAGACCGGAAUGGCACCGGUCAUACACAUCGAGAUAUCCCUCCACCUGAAAAAUCGACAUAUCUACCCUCCCGAACCCUAGAUCAUCUGCGCCAGCGACUACACGAUCUCUGGGUCGAAUCCGGCGGCGAGAUCGGUGCUGAGGGUAACGGCGGGCCGGUACUCUGGGACUGGUUAGACUGGGUCGGGUGUGGGGAGGGGGUCUUGGAGAGCUUGGAGCGGAUGGUUGAGGGCGAUGGGUAUAUCCUCCCCGCUCAGCCUAACCUCGACCUCGCUCGAAAGAUUGCCGCCCACAACCGAUCUCUUCGGAAAAAGGAAUUUGACGCUCAGACUUGGGAUUGCGGGAUCUGUUUGGAUGCCAAGAAGGGGAGGUUUUGUGUGAGAUUUGAUGGCGAGCAAGAAGGAGAGGGCGAGGGGGAGGGAUGUGGGUGUGUUUUCUGCAAAGAAUGCCUUUCGGCCUGCUGGACGUUGGCGAUCAAGGAGGGCAACGUCGAAUCCGUCGCCUGCCCCUCGGUGACCUGCACGAAACGACGGGUGGAUAGGCAGAACCGGGUACGGGAGCCUGCUCUGGGCGGGGGCAAGCUCGAGGGGACGGAUACAGGAGCGGAAGCGAAGGACAGAGCGGGGCAGGGAUCGGCGGGAGGGGAGGUAGAGCUGAGACUGGUAGAAGAGGUUGUAGGGGUGGAGCUGAGGGAGAGGUUGGAAUGGCUGAAACGGAAGAAACGGGUCGAGAACGACCCGACGUAUACGACAUGUCCGUUGCAACACUGUCAAUCGCCCGUUCCGCCUCCUCCACUACCGAAAACGUCCACGACGAUGACGAACGCGCCGGCGAGAAACGUCUUUCGGAUAGGUACCGCGGUGGUCUUGACAGACGAGCAGGUCGAGGAGAACAGGAAAAAGGAAGAGGACAAGUGGGAACGAUAUAGACAGUGCCCAGGGUGCAGGUUCUCGUUUUGUCGGUACUGCUUGACGACCUGGCACGGCCCCCACCUCCCUUGUCCCUUGCCGUCCACUUCAAACUUCCUCAAAGCGUACCUCGCGCUUGCAACCGAUUCUCCAGAUCGCAAGAUCUACCACCGACGGUACGGAAAGAAGAACCUUGACCGGUUACAAGCCGAGUAUGAGGAGAACGAGGCCAACAAGAAGUGGUUUGAGGGGAACACGAGAGAGUGUUGUGGGUGUGGUACGAGGGUUCAGAAGAGUCAGGGGUGUAAUCACAUGAUUUGCUCAAAGUGCAAUGCGCACUUUUGCUAUCGAUGCGGACAGAGCCUGCGACCGUCCGACCCGUAUAUGCACUUUCGGACGCCAGGCUCUUGUUGCUUUGAAAAGCUGUUUGAUGCCGACGAGAUUGCGCGCUUUGAGCGCGAGGUCGGGGGACUGCAAGAUGAGGUGGGGUGGGAUGAUCUGGCUGGGGGUGGAAUCGGCGGAUGGUGGUGACCCAAGCCCUGUUUGUAGACAAGAUGGA